AAAAAAAGUAAAAAAAAAAAACCCAAGAAAUGAGCCUGGCUCGUCUUCCCCAUCUUUUCAACGGAGCGACUCGGUAAAGCCCCCCCGACUUCCGAGCUCCCCUCUGUCUUUUCCUGAGCACCCAUUUCAGAUGUCCGAGAUCUGAGACUCUGGAUUGCUCCUUUGGUAAUUCUUGGAUUCGAUUUCCCAUUUCUUUGGAUGAGCAUGAAGCUCGCUGUAGACGUUGUCCGAUCGUUUAUCUGCUGACUCCUAUCGUCUUCCUUGGAGCUUGAGCUUCCUUAGCUGUUAUCCUUUGGUCGAGCUCACUUCUUGGGUCAAUCCUUUUGCUCAUGUUCCGUCUGUAGAGCGACCGGUUGUUAAUUUGUCAAUAUUGAAGAGUUGGGUACAUGCAGAACCGAUUUCUUCCUGUUUGACACUGGAUCGGGGUUGUUAGCUGCGUUCUCGAAACCUUCUCAAGCUCUGUUCUUGGUUUUCACAGCCACAUUCAGAGUCAACGCCGAGGUAGCUCUAGUGGGAACCGACUCGAUCGAUCUAUUUGGUUGUUGAAGGUCAGGUUGUUGCAUAGUGUAAUUAGUGGCGUUUGAGGCGAUUUGAUCUUCAUGUUCAAGGGUAGUCAACUGAUUUACUAGAAACUACACAGUAGUUAUAGUAAUGGGCAAUACCUGUGUGGGACCGAGCAUUUCGAAGAAUGGGUUCUUCCAAUCAGUCUCCGCCGCGAUGUGGCGGUCCCGACUGCCAGAAGAUUCAGUACACACGAAUGCGGAGACUGCAAAUCAGGCGACAGACAAAGAGCCCGAAUCGCCUUUGCCGGUGCAAAAUAAGCCUCCUGAGCAAGUAACAAUACCAAAGCCGGAGACCAAACAGGAAAGUCCUCCCAAGCCCAAGAAGAAGCCUCAGAUGAAGAGGGUGUCUAGUGCAGGACUGAAGACUGAUUCGGUUUUGCAAAGGAAAACCGGCAAUUUCAAGGAGUUCUAUAGCUUGGGGAAGAAGUUAGGACAAGGGCAAUUCGGAACUACCUUCUUGUGCAUAGAGAAAGCCACAAGGAAAGAAUUCGCUUGCAAAUCUAUCGCCAAAAGGAAGCUGAUCUCUGAAGAGGAUGUCGAGGAUGUGCGAAGAGAAGUUCAGAUAAUGCACCACUUGGCGGGGCAUCCGAAUGUUAUAUCCAUCAAGGGGGCUUACGAGGAUGCGGUGGCGGUCCACGUAGUUAUGGAGUUCUGCGCGGGUGGUGAGCUCUUUGAUCGGAUCAUUCAACGUGGGCAUUAUACCGAAAGAAAGGCCGCUGAGCUUACUAGGACUAUAGUUAGCGUAGUUGAGGCUUGUCAUUCUCUGGGUGUGAUGCAUCGAGAUCUUAAGCCCGAGAAUUUUCUCUUUGUUAGUAAGGAGGAGGAUUCCUUGCUGAAGACAAUUGACUUUGGAUUGUCAGUAUUUUUCAAACCAGGUGACAAGUUCACAGAUGUGGUCGGCAGCCCUUAUUAUGUUGCACCAGAAGUUCUCAAAAAGCGUUAUGGACAAGAAGCUGAUGUUUGGAGUGCUGGGGUUAUCCUCUACAUACUGUUGAGUGGAGUUCCCCCCUUUUGGGCUGAGAAUGAGCAAGGGAUAUUUGAACAAGUCCUGCAUGGGGAUCUUGACUUUUCGUCAGACCCGUGGCCUAGUGUCACAGAAAGUGCUAAAGACUUGGUGAGGAGGAUGCUUGUUCGAGAUCCUAAUAGGAGGCUAACUGCUCAUGAAGUUUUGUGCCACCCAUGGAUCCAGGUUGAUGGUGUUGCUCCUGAUAAGCCUCUUGAUUCUGCAGUAUUGAGUCGCUUGAAGCAAUUUUCAGCGAUGAACAAGCUGAAGAAAAUGGCCCUUCGAGUUAUAGCAGAGAGCUUAUCUGAAGAAGAAAUCGCUGGCCUGAAAGAAAUGUUCAAGAUGAUAGACGCAGAUAAUAGUGGCCAGAUUACCUUCGAAGAGCUUAAGGCAGGAUUGAAAAGAGUGGGAGCCAAUCUAAAGGAGUCAGAAAUUUAUGACUUAAUGCAAGCGGCGGACGUGGAUAACAGCGGGACGAUUGACUAUGGGGAAUUCAUUGCUGCCAUGUUGCAUUUAAACAAAAUCGAGCGAGAAGAUCAUCUGUUCGCUGCUUUUAACUACUUCGACAGGGAUGGGAGUGGCUACAUCACUCAGGAUGAACUUCAACAAGCAUGCGAGGAAUUCGGCGUUGAGGAUGUACGCCUGGAAGAAAUGAUCAAGGAAAUCGAUCAGGAUAAUGAUGGACGGAUAGACUACAAUGAGUUUGUUGCAAUGAUGCAACAAGGAAAUGCGGUGUUUGCAAACGCAGCUGCUUUCGGCAGGAAAAGCCUAGAAAAUAGUUUCAGCGUCGCGCUUAGAUAAGCUAUAUAAAACUCUAGUUUCACAAGCAGCGGCGACAUUCCUCUUUGGUUUCCUUCUCUUAAAUAUGUAAUCUUUCCUUUUCAUUUCGCAAUUUUUCCCCUUGAAGAGAACUAGAGUUAUCAAGAAUGCAUGGAACCAGAGCCAGCAAGGCCUGUUUCGUGUCCUUACUCAUGGGACAUAAGAGAGCGAUUUUUCACCCCGUCUUUUGCAACCCCGUCUUUCGCACCCAAAACCUUCUUUCCUUCCUUCCUUCUUUCCUUCUUCCACACAGUGUUUGAAGACUUCUGUAACUGGUUGUAUUGUGUUUUUCCAGUUCAGGAUAGUUCUUUAUUGUUUAACAUAAUAGAAUGGUUGUAUUUCUCGGUGAAGUUAUUGGCUUUUUCCCCCAUGAUGCACCUU